GGCUGUGAGGGGGAGGAAUAGACAGGAAAGCAACAGUCACUGCAAGAGCAAAGUGUCAGCUGCACUCACACUGGGUACUGCAAUGUAACACACCUACAGCCACCACUCAUACUCGCUGCUGCCAGGAUCACCGCCGCAAGUCAUGGCAUCCCAGAAGCUACAGGAGUGUCAGCGCAAUGCUGAUGAGGUGAAGGUAUUGAUGAAAGACAAUGUGGAAAAGAUAUUUGAGAGAGAAGGAAAGCUGGAAAAUCUAGAGGUUCGUGCAACUGAACUGAAAGAAAAGGCCUGCAACUUCCAGAAGACAGCCAGAACUGUGGAACGUAAAACGCGCUGGGAGAAAUGGCGCUGGUACAUUAUUUCUGCAAUAGUAGUUUUUGUGCUUCUAUUUAUUAUAAUUGCUAUUAUUCUCAGUCAGGUGAGUUGGAGUGAAGCUCCAUCAUCAUCAUCGUCAUCAUCAACAACAGCAAUAGAGGACGGCAACUAAACUGCUUCAGAGGAAUGGUUGACUCUCGUAAGUUUUCAACGCAUGGGAUACUAUAAAGAGACAAGGACAAAGAAAAGAUGGAAGCCUUGCCUAAUAACACCUAUGUACUGAAUACUCUCCUCCCAUGAUUGACAAUCUAAUCUGAAUAUAGAUCAUUGCUCUACCAUAAACCACUUGUGCUUAGACUUCACUACUGCCAAUGAGUUUGAAGGUCUCGGAUGACUCUCGGACCACUUUGUACACGUGACAUGGUAUGGAGUCUUACACAGCACUGAGGAACAUGUGGAGACCUCGAGUUUUUGUCUGCCGUCCUACAGAAAGUGGUUGCCUAUAUAGGCAAUGGGAGCUAUCAAAGCCUGUGGACAAUGCCCCUGUUGUUUAUCUUUUCACUUAAAAGCACAGUAAACCUAAAGUCUAAAGUCUAUAUUCCCACCAUGCACUAGUUAACUAGAAACUACUACCUGCUAUUGGCUUUUUCAGGUUGGUGAGAGACAUUCAAUGCGCUUACAGCAGUGUUUUCCAACCUGGGUGCCUCCAGCUGUUGCAAAACUACAACUCCCAGCAUGCCCGGACAGCCAACGGCUGUCCGGGCAUGCUGGGAAUUGUAGUUUUGCAACAGCUGGAGGUACACUGGUUGGGAAAUACUGGCUUAAAGGGCAACUGCAGCGGCAUUACACUUAUCCCCUAUCCACAGAAUAGGGGAUAAGUGUUUGAUCGCGGGGGGUCCGACCACUGGGCCCCCCCCCCCGAUCUCCCUAACGGGGCGCCGCCAUAAGCGCUCAUGGUGAGCACUAAGGCGCGUAGCGUCGACCUAGAGGUCGACGGUGACGCCUCAUCUCCUCCCCGUCCCCAUACAGUUCUAUGGGGGAUGCGGGAAGGCACGAAUGCUGCCUCUCCCAUAGAGAUGUAUGGAGGAGGCGUGCCGGCCGCAACGUCAUGCUGCGGCUGGCACGUCCCCUGCACGGGAGAGCCGCGGCCCCGUACAGGAGAUCGCCGGGGGCCGCAGCGUUCGGACCCCCCGCGAUCAAACACUUAUCCCCUAUCUUGAGGAUAGGGGAUAAGUGUUUGUAACGCUGCAGAUGUCCUUUAAGACAUAGAGGGGAAUUCAUCAAUUAUUGUCUACUUUUUUAGUCAUGAAAAGUCGCCUUGUUUUUUAACACCCUGUGCCAAAUUCAUGAAAAGUCGCACGCCCCCUGAUGAAUUUGGCGCUCGGGAGAAUUACUGUAAAUUUACCUCCCAGUUCUCCUACAUUUCCCACCUGUUCAGGCAUAGUAAGUAAUUCUAUGAUCAUCUAUGAUCAUCUGUAUUGUGUGGGGAUUGAACCCAGAACCUUAUGGGAUCAGCUGGUCAAAAACACAGUACAUCUACCCAUGCACCACUGCUCCUUACUUUGAUAUGUCCAGAAAUAACUCUGUUAAAAUAAAAACCAGUGGUGCAGAGUGUAAGUACACUGUCUUUUGAGAAGCUGAUCCCAUAAGGUUCUGGGUUUAAAUGGGCACUGUCAGAUACAAAAACUUUUGAUAUGUUGUAAAGCAUGUAUAACCAAUAGGUUUUGCAAUUGCUUUCAUUAGAAAAUUUUCAGUAUUUCAUAUUGAAAAAGCCAAUCAAACAACUGCCCCCCCCCCUGCCUGCUUGGACACAUACUAGUCCUGCUGUAUCCAUGCAUCAUCACCUAUGUCAUGGACACACUUCCUUGAUUGACAGCUGUGAGUGCAGGGCUCUUGGCUGGAGGAAAUAUCCUCCCACUGUCAGCUUGUGUCCCGCUACUGUCAGUGAGGACAAGCUGGGAGUUGUAGUUUUGCUAAUGCUAGGGGAGAUGUGAGCAAACAGCAUACUGAGGGAGGGGGCGGAGACCUGCACAGUGAGGCCACACCCCCUCCCUUUGAGAGGAAUUCAGACUAGUGAGCUAAAUUAAAAUUGUAAUAAAAAAUAAAAUAAAGGUGCUGGACACAUACAAAUUAGAUGUACAUGGUCGGGAUUAGGUAUUGAGUGAUCUAUUUAAAAAAAAUAAAAAAAUUUUGUUGGAUCUGACGGGUACGCUUUAAUCCCCAGACAAGACAGAUAGUGAUAGUUAUAGAGAUACAUUUUUUUUUUUUAAAGGAGGGGUUUGGCGGCAUUGCGGGGGCGGCCGGCGGCAUUGCGCUAAUACAAUACUUUACACAUAGCGCUGUGGGGGCAUAAAUAUAUAGAGAAGCGCUGCGGGGGGCAUAAAUAUAUAAAAGCGCUGCGGGGUAUAUAUAUAUAUGUAUAUAUAUAUAUAUAU